UCGCGCUUUGCUCGCCAUUUUCCCCAUCUCCUGAAGCUAGAAUCAGUCUCUUUUGGCACACAGUGUCACUCAGUACUGUCAGGUCAUUAAUUAAUCCUCACAGAGGAACAACUGAGCUCUUUACAGAGUCUUGAACCAGUUAUUUUCUUCUGGAGAUCUCUUUAAAUCAUGAACAUUUUCAGGCUAACCGGCGAUCUCUCCCAUCUAGCAGCCAUCAUCAUCCUGCUGCUAAAAAUAUGGAAAACCAGGUCGUGUGCCGGUAUUUCUGGGAAGAGUCAGGUCCUGUUCGCCUUGGUGUUCACCACUCGUUACCUGGACCUGCUGACUUCGUUCAUCUCUCUCUACAACACCUGCAUGAAGAUCAUCUACAUUGGCUGUGCGUACGCCACUGUCUACUUGAUCUACCUGAAGUUCAAGGCUACCUAUGAUGGAAACCAUGACACGUUCAGAGUGGAGUUCCUGGUCGUUCCUGUUGGUGGGCUGGCUUUCCUGGUCAACCACGACUUCUCUCCCCUCGAGAUUCUGUGGACGUUCUCCAUCUACCUGGAGUCGGUGGCCAUCCUGCCCCAGCUCUUCAUGAUCAGUAAGACAGGCGAGGCUGAGACCAUCACCACCCACUACCUGUUCUUCCUGGGACUCUACAGAGCGCUCUACCUCAUCAACUGGAUAUGGAGGUUCUACUUUGAGGGAUUCUUUGACAUGAUCGCUAUUGUGGCUGGGGUGGUACAGACCAUCCUCUACUGCGACUUCUUCUAUUUGUAUGUAACGAAAGUCCUGAAAGGGAAGAAACUGAGUCUGCCAGCCUAAGUGCCAAAAAGGAGCGUUUGAGCAGACUCAUGGACGGGGAUCGGAGGGGAGGAGGAGAGGAAGUGGACGCCUCUGAUGACCCUGACCCCACCCUCCACCGCCUGUCCUUCCUCCUCCUCCUCCUCUUCCUCCCCUCCUGUCGGAGUAAGAUGCCUGAGACAGAGAGCGAGCGGGAGCAGCUUCUGACCCAGAACCCCCUGCAGAGGCUCGUCCACGGCCUUUGGAUUUCUGUUUGAUGCAUCUUGCCUUAACUUUUUUAUCACGCUGUAAAAAGGAAGAAAAAAAGAGAGAAAGUUUUCUACAGAAAAGUGUACACAUUGGUGAAUGCGAGCUGGAGGUGUAAAAUUGCCGUUGAUUUGGCGCUGUGUGAUACUGAAGCGGACUUCUUGUGGUGGGUGUUCUCGACUUGAGCAUUUGUAAAAGUAUUUACAAUCGAUUGAUAAAUGUGCAUUGUUUUUCCUGAUGAAUCUGGGGGAGGAAUUUGUUGAAUUUUCACAACUUUGACGGUCGAAUAAUUCAUGUUUUAUGUUUCUGACCACGAUGCAUUCCCAUGUAUGAAUAAACUUUAUAUUUUAGUUUCAUUUAAUUUAACAAAGAUGCCAUAAUUUAGCGUUAUUAUUUUCAGAAAAGUGAAUCAAGCUGGAAUUUUUUUUGUUGUUGUUGAAAUGCCUCCUAAAUUUAGUGGAAUGAGAUUUUUCUACAUCAAUGACAGAGUUGAAUAAACCUUUGUAAAUGGCUUUCUUUAUGAAAUACUCCAGUUAUUAGCCUGUUUGGACAGUCUAUAUUCUAAUGCUUGUUAAUGACACAUCGCUGCCCUGCAGGUUUAUUUCAGAAACUCCUUCAACUGAUUGAAAUGAUUCUUUUUUAAUGUCCUGUUUGUGAAUUAUCACAACAGAAAUGAGCAUCUUUAAUUUUUCUUUUAGGUGCCGAUGUAUUUAUUUUUUAUUUUCUUCCUGGUUCAAUAAACAAAGUCCGUAGAAUUGUC